AUGAAGCUGAACAUCUCUUUCCCAGCUACUGGCUGCCAGAAACUCAUUGAAGUGGAAGAUGAAUGCCAACUUCGUACCUUUUAUGAGAAGCGUAUGACCUGCUAUAGACCAAGGAGGACUGGAGAAAGAAAGCGCAAAUCUGUUCGGGGUUGCAUUGUGGAUGCCAAUCUCAGUGUUCUCAACUUGGUCAUUGUACAAAAGGGGGAGAAGGAUAUUCCUGGACUCACUGAUACUACUGUGCCUUGUCGCCUGGGGCCCAAAAGAGCCAGCAGAAUCCACAAACUUUUCAAUCUCUCUAAAGAAGAUGAUGUCCGCCAGUAUGUUGUGAGAAAGCCCCUAAACAAAGAAGGUAAGAAACCUAGAACCAAAGCACCUAAGAUUCAGCGUCUUGUUACUCCACGUGUCCUCCAGCACAAAUGGCGGCAUAUUGCUUUGAAGAAGCAGUGCACUAAGAAAAAUAAGGAAGAGGCUGCAGAAUAUGCUAAACUUUUGGCCAAGAGAAUGAAGGAGGUCAAAGAAAAACGCCAGGAACAGAUUGUCGAGAGAUGGAGGCUGUCCUCUCUGAGAGCUUGUACCUCUGAGUCCAGUCAAAAAUGA